AUGUGUGUCAGUACGGACACCGAUCUGCCGGUGCUGUGUGCGGCCGGGCCCCGCUGGCACAGCCCUGCCCUCGGUGCGAGGGCUGGCCCGGCUCCCGCCCCGCACAGCCGGGGCCUGUCGGCCCAGCCCGGCCCCGCCCGCCGAGCGCCGCCGUCCGCGCCCGCCCCGAGCCGCGGGAGGCACCGGGAGCGCGCACGGCCGGGAGCGCGCGGGACCGUGUCCCCGGCUGCGGUGGCGGCGAUGGCGGCGGCGGCGGCCUCGCAGCGGGACCCGGGGGACUGGCAGGACUUCUCGGGAUUCCAGCCCUCCGCGGGGAGCGGCCCCGAGAGCGCCCGCGACAAGGGCGGCUGGGGCGGCGGGGAUCUCGGGGCGAAGCUGUCCCUCUGCUUCGAGCCGCCGCAGGCCCGGGCUGGCGGCGGCGGCGAGAGCCGCGUUCCGCUGCGGCCUCUCACGGAGCAGAGCGCGCUGCAGGACGACGAGAUUUGGAAUGCUUUGACUGAUAAUUAUGGUAACGUGAUGCCAGUUGACUGGAAAUCUUCGCACACCAGAGCUUUGCACUUGCCAACACUGAAUCUUUCAGAAAAAGGGGUAAAUGAUAACUUGAACCUUGACCUGUCAGAUGAUGAAGAGCUGAGAGAACAGUUGGAUAUGCAUUCUAUCAUUGUUUCUUGUAUCAAUGAAGAACCACUUUUCACAGCAGAGCAGGUGAUUGAAGAAAUAGAGGAAAUGAUGCAGGAAUCGCCUGAUCCAGAUGAUGAUGAAACACCCACUCAAUCAGAUCGGCUCUCUAUACUUUCCCAGGAAAUUCAGACACUUAAGAGAUCCAGUACAAACAACAGUUAUGAAGAGAGAGUAAAAAGAUUGUCUGUUGCUGAAUUAAAUGAACUGCUAGAAGAAAUUGAAACUGCUAUUAAGGAUUAUUCUGAGGAACUGGUACAGCAGCUGGCUCUACGAGAUGAGUUGGAGUUUGAGAAGGAAGUGAAAAACAGCUUCAUUUCUGUCCUCAUUGAAGUGCAAAACAAACAGCGAGAACACAAAGAAACUGCAAAGAAGAAAAAGAAGCUGAAAAAUGGUAGUCCUCAGAAUGGCAAACAAGAAAGAAGUCAUAUGCCUGGAACACGCUUCAGCAUGGAAGGGAUCUCAAAUGUCAUACAGAAUGGCUUCCGCCACACGUUUGGAAACUCAAGUGGAGAGAAACAGUACUUAACAACCGUCAUUCCUUAUGAGAAGAAAAAUGGACCCCCAUCUGUUGAAGAUCUUCAAACAUUAACCAAAAUUCUACAUGCCAUGAAAGAAGAUAGCGAGAAAGUGCCAAGCUUGUUAACAGACUAUAUUUUAAAGGUUCUGUGUCCUACAUGAAGAGGGCUGCCUUUCAGAAUUAACCAUGCUCCUUUCUGUGAUGAGAAGCUUUCUGUGGAUAUAACUCAUAGUAUUUUUUCAUUUGGCACUAUACCUAAAAGAGUAUGCAUUUACCUCCUCUGUGUGUACGUGGAUUUUCUGAUCCUACAGUAAGUCAUCUGGGCAUGACAACUCAUUCAUUUUAACUUAAUAGUGCAAUGAACUGGAGCAGGGAACAAACAUUGUGCAGUUUUACUUGCAUUGUUCAGACUUUUUAAAGUCUAUUUUUACAUUGUAUAGCAUGUAGUAAAUCCUCCUGCACAUUUUGUUGUUGGAAGGAAAAGUAAACUUUGAAUAGUGUAAAUAAAACAAGGCUCGUUUCAAGGAAUCCAUAUUUAAAAGCAUCCUUAGUUCCUGUAGCAAAGAUGAAAAAAGGAUCGUAGCCAGACUUGGAAUUAAGGAUUCAAGUGAGUUCUCCAGGACGCAUUCUGGGAUGGUGUUGGUGAAAGUCAGCAAUCAACACUUCUUUGAAAAUGAUAAUGUUGGACUGUACAACAGUAUUGUUCAUAGAUUAACAAAUCCAGAUGCUUUGGUCUGACAUAAGUGAUUGUGUGUUACCAAUUCUUUAACACAAACAUCUGAGAAAUGUAAUGUUUCAUAUUUCGUUUUAUUUUAAUUAUUAAUGUUCACAUGGCUUAGAUAUGCUCCCAUAUUGCUGCUAUAGUUUUACAGGUUUUAUUAAGUGUUUGAUCUUAAUGAAAAUGCUUCAAUAUAUAAACAUUUUAAAAGACAAUAUCUUUUUAAAAGUACAUGUACAGUUUGAAUAACUUGCACCUGGCUUCCAAGUUAGUAUUAUAUUGAGACAUUUGUUGUUGUGUUUCUAAAUUUUACUACAAAUCUCUCUUAUAAAUUGUAUGCACUGUCUGCUCUGUGAUGAUGUGUCUGCAUUCAAACAGAUGAGAAUGUAUUUUACAAAUCCUGUACAAGAAACAUACCCCAUAAUCUCAACCUUAAAUACUUGUCACAAGUAAUUUUGCCAGUCUUAAAGAUUAGAUUGAAGUUUAAAGAGUACUAAUAAAAAAAAAGAAAAAGGAACUAUUUUCUAGGUUGAAUUCCUAUUGAUUCUAUACCCAGAUUUAUAUACUGAAUGUCUAAAGGCACUGGAAUAUAAGGUUCUAAAGAGAUAAAAUUGUGUUUUCUUCAAACAGUUUUUUCCAUUUGAAGUCUUCAGGUUUUUUUGUUAGUUGAAGAGAAAUAUGCUCUUGAAUACCUUGCAUCACUUUAAUGCUCAAUUUUAUCAUCAUCACCAAAUACUAUUUUGAUCAGUAAAAUAUAUUCAGUUUAAGAGUAGUUCUCAUAAUGCUUUUUUUUUUUUCUAAAGGCCUCAGAAUUUUUGUCUUUUGUGCCUUUUUCAGACCAUAAAUUUUUCAGUUUAAAAUUCUUUUUCUCUCUCUCCCCAACUUGACACGUACUUGCCAGCCUGCUCAGGAACAAAUAGAUGCUCUGCAUAAAUGUGUCAUAUGUAAAGUUUUUUCAUUGCUUUAUUUUAUUUCAUUUGUAGUUUCUCUAAGAAAGAAAGCUGCCAUUUAUUUCUGUAGCUGUUGUGUUAUGAACUCAUUAUGGCAUGCUUUUUGUAUAGAACUUCUUGAUGUUGACUUGAUGUUGAUGCCUGGAAAUUGGCAAAGGGGGUGACCCUGCUUUAUUUUUAAAACGGUGCACGUGUGAAACCCACCAUGUCUCUAUAUGAGAUCUAUUCAGAGGUGCUUCAAUUUCCUGUUGAGGCUUGAAGUGACAAGAUGGAACAAAAAACCCCAAAUAAACAAACAAACAAAACCAAACAAAAAAACCCACAACAACCAAGGGAAGAAUUUAAAAAAAAAAAAAAGAAAAAGACUAACAAAAAAACUUUUGACAAAGUUUGUGUUACUUGUAGCAAAUCUUGGAUGACUUAAAGUCAUGAAAUAUUAAAAGCAAUGAAACUGGAAAGAAAACUCAUCACUAAAGACCAGGAACAGCUUUAGUGAGCUAAGCAGCUGCUUUGGUAUUUCAUGCCUCUCAUCAAACUAAGCAAAAUUUCAUUAUGAAAAGUACCUGUUUACCUUGUAUGCAUUAAACAACAGCUGCCAAAGAUGGCAAGUAUUAUAUGUAUACCUAUAUAUGUACAUAAAAAAAUAGAUCUCAAAACAUUUGAAUAAAAAGAACCAUGCAAAUCU